AUGGACUGCAGCCCUCUGUCGAUGGAAUUCUCUGGGCAAGAAUACUGGAGUGGGUUGCCAUUUCCUUCUUCCAGGGGUCUUCCCGACCCAGGGAUCCAACAUGAGUCUUCUGCAUUGGCAGGUAGAUUCUUUACCACUGAGCCACCAGAGAAACCCAUUUCUUCUUUAGUUUUCUGUUAUUUCCUCAAAGUAUUUUUUUCAGCCCACAGUCUUUCUCCUUUCUUCAGGGACUUUCAGCAGCACAAAUCCAGCCCCUCUGUCACGACCCCAUGGGUCCCUGAGACUGUUCAUUCUUUAACAUCUCUGACUAUUUCUUAG